UCGCAGGCAAGACGCAGGCACAGAGAGAGAGCGAGAGAGAGAGAGCGAGGAGCGAGACAGGAGCCGAUCACACCAUCCUCACUCAGUUACCGGAGUCACAGGUAUAAGCGGCCACAGCAACAGGUCCAUUCACUGAAGCUGGCCAGACUAGGGGAACAGAAGAAGCCCCCAUUGGAGAGACUGGGCGAGGGAGAGAGAGAGAAACAGAGAUCUCUCCACAUAUAUUGUGAAUUAUUGCAUUGUCCAGUUGCCACGGAGGAUUUAUCGGUGUUGAUUUCACCCCGACUGCACUCACUGGGGCUUGGUGCUUGGAGAAUUGGCUUGCGGUGGAGACCCCAGCAUGCCGAAAGCGUCCACGGAGCGGAGUCCCAAGCGUCAGGUUGAAGGAGCCGGGGUGGCUCGGAGCCUGGCGCCGCCGGGGGUCAGGGGCUGCUGGUCCCUCUCCAACGCCCUGUGGUCCGUGCUGUCGCUGGGCUCGGUGGCUUUCUGCAUCUGCCUCAGCGUCAAAACUUCGCAGCUGGAAGAGCGGAUCCUCGACCUGGAGAAUGUGAAGGGGGCUGCCUUGCUGCCUCCCCUCGACGCCGGGUCGGCGGCCGAUCGGAUGCGGGUGCUCGUCCAGGAGAAGGUGGAGCACCUCCUGAGCCAGAAAUUCCACGAAGACGCAGCGAAACGCAGAACUGUGAGAGAGGCACCAACUGAGUGCAACUGCCCCGCAGGUCCUCCAGGAAAGCGAGGUAGAAGAGGCAGAAAUGGAGAACCUGGGAACUGUUAA